GGACUGCGCACACCGUGGCGCACACCGUGGCGCACAAAGAAACGUGAACAGGCCCCACUGCCACUCACCUUGGGUGGUGCAGGUUAGGACUUCCGCGGCGCCGCUCUGGGCGGCGGGCUGAGCCGAUCGUAGCGGCGAGCCUCGGUCGAACGAUGCAUGAGGCCCGUCACGGACAGCCGCUGAGCAGUGAGCUCCUUCUGCUCGUGGGCGCCGGCGAGGGCACGCCUGUGCUGCCGGCAUCGGGCGAGCAGCAGCGGCGCCCGAUCGGCGUGGUCCUGGCGGACGAAGCCUCUUCCGUGGCCGCAAAGCCGGCCGCCGGCUCACGCUGGUGCUUCUCCGACGCGGUCGAGUCCGACCCGGCCGGCCGCGACUUUGCGCGCUCCACCGACUGCUGCACGCUCCGCUGGACGCCUGCAAAGGGCCGUCACGCCACUGCGACCCGCGAGAUCUCGCGUGGACGCGUGCUUCUGCGGGCCUCGGCUGCGGCAGUCGCCAACACGGCUGCGAGCGGCGCGGCGACGGCCCUCCUCGCGGAGUCGUCGGGGCGCGACGGCGCGGCGGCCUCUGCGGACGCGCAGCGCGUCGGGCUGGACGCGUCGACGCUCGCUCUCUCGCUCGAGCUCUUGCGGUCGGGUCGCGAGGCGGCCGAGGAGGCGGCGGGGUCGCUGCUGACGCACCGCGAGCACCUAUCCGCCGCCGAGGCGGAGGCGUGGGAGCGCACCGCCCAGAGACUGCGCUCGGCUGCGGCCAGCUCUGGUGGCUCUGGUUGCUCUUGUGCGUCCGGCUGGAGUGAUGAGGCGGUGCUGCGGCUGCUGCUCGCGGUGCACGCGAACGCGCACCCGGUCCUCGACGACGCGACGGCGAGCCGGACGGUCGGGCUCGGCCUCUUCCCCGCCGCCUGCCUGCUCAACCACUCCUGCGCCCCGACGGGGGUCCUCUCCUUCGAAGCCGGCGGCAAGGUCCUCGUCGUGCGCGCGCUGGUCGACUUGCGGCGCGGGCAGGAGGUCACCUACUCGUACCUCGACGAGCCCCACCUCUUCGCCCCGUGGCGGCAGCGGAGGGCGCUCCUGCGCGCCGCACACCGCUACGAGCCCUCCCAGCCUCGCAGCAGAGAGGAGAGCGAGGCGGCGGCGCUCUGCCGAUCGCGCCUGCCCGCCGCCGCGCUGGGCGAGCCGGCGGAUGAGAACGCGGCAAGGCGGCCCGCGCCCGCCGACUGCGCCUACGAGGCCCGGUAUGAGCAUCUCCCGGAGCGGCUCGCGUACGCGUCGAUGCGGCUGAUCGCCGCGCGGGAGCAGGUGAUGCCCCUCGGCACGCCCGGCCUCGCGACGCUGUACGCCUCGCACGGCUCGGCGCUGGUCCGCCUCCUCCGCGCGGGUCGCUUCUCGGCCGCCGGCAGCGCAGAGGCCCUCGGGCAGGCGGAGCAAUCCCUCGCGGCCGCCUGCAGCAUCCGCGCGAGCUGCCUCGGCGACGAGCACCCGCUCGUGGCCGCCACAGCCCGCGCGCUCGCCGACGUGAGGCAGCGCCGGAGGCAGCGCGCGGGGGGCGCGACGUGACCAGAGAGUUUCCAUUCCUUCUUUUGCGACCGCCGCUGAGCGCUGUGAGGUGUGAGGUGUGUGGCGCGCAGCUGCGGAGCGUGCGGCCUGCGGCCGGUGUGUGCGGAGCGGAUCGAUUUCUUUACGAUUGAACGUUCU